AAAGUACCCAUCGCUAGAAAUCUGCCCAUUCGUCUGGUAACCGAGGUUUUUCUUGUUUCGGCGUUAAAAUGCUCAAAAACCUGUCUGCAUAGAAGGAAAACGCGGAACGUCUCGGAAUUGCAAGCUUUUCGCGAUAUUCGGGCAAUUGGAAAAACCGCGCAUCCAGCAAAAUUGUAUCCACUAAGCUGCAUUUGUAUACAGAGCAGGUGGUGUUGUCUCCCUCUCGCGCCCGCACUGCUCGCUCCCGAUGUGCGAGCGAAACAACAACAAACAAGUUACAAGCUCCAACAAAAUUCCGUCUUCAUUCAAUGCGAAACUGGAGCUAGACUCCAGCAAAGACGACACCAUUCACUCCACAAGCUUGAACAAGAAGCUGGUCAAGAUUAAAAAGUUCAAGUUGGACGAUAUGAAGGAGAUGGUGGGCGGCUGUUGCGUUUGUUCAGACGAGCGGGGGUGGCCGGAGAACCCGCUCGUCUACUGUGACGGCCAGAACUGUACUGUGGCAGUGCACCAGGCGUGCUAUGGCAUUGUGACGGUUCCCACUGGACCCUGGUACUGUCGCAAGUGCGAGUCCCAGGAGCGAACCUCUCGCGUCCGAUGCGAACUAUGUCCCUCGCGGGAUGGCGCCCUUAAGAAGACGGAUAAUAGCGGGUGGGCGCACGUUGUUUGCGCCCUGUACAUCCCAGAGGUGCGAUUUGGGAAUGUGACCACCAUGGAGCCCAUCAUAUUGUCAUUAAUACCGCAGGAGCGGUACUCGAAGACUUGCUAUAUUUGCCAGGAAAUUGGCAAACCAAAUCGUGCCAAUGUUGGCGCCUGUAUGCAGUGCAACAAAUCGAAUUGCAAGCAGCAGUUCCACGUCACCUGCGCCCAGAGCCUUGGAUUGCUCUGCGAGGAGGCUGGUAACUAUCUGGAUAAUGUGAAGUACUGCGGCUACUGUCAGCACCAUUACAGCAAACUGAAAAAGGGCGGCAACGUCAAAACAAUACCUCCAUAUAAACCCAUUCAACAUGACACCUCUUCCGAUUCGUGUUCGUCGCCCGAGAAGGAGAUCGAUUCAACCAUGAACUCCGCGACAACUUCGGCCACAAUCAUAAAGAUUACCAGCAGCAGUGGCAGUGCUGGUGGCAGCAGCAAUGUUUUGAAUGCAAGCUCCAGUGCUGGAAUCUCUGCUGGAAGCAGCAGUGGGAGUGGCGUAUCAUCUUCCGCAAAGCAGCGCAAGAGCAAUGCAUCAAGUAAAUCAUCUAGCAGCAGUAGCAGUAGCUCGUCAUCCUCAACAGGAGGGGCUCCCAACCCCUCCUCGAGUUCUGUGCAUUCGGGAAGUGCUAGCAAUAUGACAGGAGGAGGAAGUGUACUACCAGGGAGUAGCAACAUCGGCAACAUUAGCAAUAGUUUAAACAAUAAUCUGCCCGGAGGCAGUUCGUCCACCAGCAGUGCUGGAAACGUGCCUGGUGGAAGUGGGGGAAUUAUAUCAGCUUCGAGCGGUGGUGCUACGCAAUCGACAAGCAGUCAAUCGUCAACAGCACCAGGAACCACCAAAUCAUCGGCCAGCAGUUCGAGCAGUAGUAGCAACAGCUACAAGGAGAAACAUAGCAAAAGCUUAAGCAAAUCCACAUCCAGCAAGGACAAGGAUGGAAAAGAUAGCUCUACCAAUUCAGCGAAUAACAAUUUCACAAAUUCAUCUGCAUCAUCAACAUCUUCCAACUCCUCGUCGACACGAGAGAAAUCCUCAUCAAAGCUUUCUAAGAACAAAGACUCCAAUCAAGUACCCAGUGCCACCAGCAGCUUAAGCACAACGAGCAGUAUCAACACCCAGCCCAGUUCGUCGACUUCAACUGCUACAGCUGGAUCGGGCGGUACUGGGACUCAUGUGAGCAGUUCGGCUGCCAGUGGACUUAACUCAGCUCCUUCCACAACCAAUGAGCAUUCAAAUCAUGCCCACACCCUUAGCACAAAUGGAACCGGAGCCGGAAGCGCAGCCGGAAAGUUGCAAUCAGUCAGUAAUCUGAGCAACAGUAGUUCUGGUUUUGGAUCGGAUCUGCGAUCAGUCAGCACAUCCUCAAGCUCCACUGUGAACGACUCCACCGGAGGAUUCGGUAGUAAUUCGAAUUCAGAAAGGGAGAAUUUGUCAGGCGCUGGAUCGUCGGCAAGCAACAUGCCUGGAACAAUAGCUCCUGGUACUGGUGGCGUAUCUUCCAGUGCGGCCACUAAUCUAAGCACCAAUAAGGGAGGCUCUUCGUCAUCGACGGCGAAUAGCCUUACAUCUACGAGCACUUCCUCAGGCAGCUCCUCUAACUCGUCAUCGAAAAAACGAAAAGCGGAUUCUGCUAAGUCCACUAGCAGUAUUUCCACCUCUGGCUCCGCUCUGGAGGAUAACAAUAGCUUAAUAUCCCGCUAUGAUAUCAAAGAUGUUCAAGUUGCACUGACGCCUCUAACAGAUUUUGAGAAGGAAAUCGAGAAGAGCUCCAAGAGGCAACGUACCGAACUCAGCCCGCCGACCCACCAAACAUCCGCAACCGCCGAAGUAAAUGCACCGCUGGCCAGCUCGACGAGUGCAUCCAUUGCGGUAACUGCGAGUGCGACGGCGGCAUCAGCCCCUCCAGCAACGGGCACCACUACCUUAGGCAGCAGCAUUAGCGGCAAUGCUGGCUCAACCUCCAGCGGUAACAGUUCCGGAGUAUCGGCGACUGGAGGAGCACAAUCCGCCGUGGGGUCUGGCGGCUAUCCAAAGACAGAAUCGAGCAAGUCGAGUGGCACCGCAAGCGCAGGCAGUGGCAGUGGCAGCAGCAGCAAUACAAGUAGCACCAAGCACGGCAGCAACAUCAAGGAUAUUAGCAGCAGUAGCAAUCAGCAGGCAUCGACUGCGAGCAGCAGUAGUGCACCCAGCCUUUAUGUCUCCGUGCCACUGUCCACGGCCAACGUACCUGGAAUCAAUCUGCCCACCAGCAGCACUAGCAGUAGUACCACCAGCGAAUCCCAUUCGGCAUCGUCGCGCAGCAGUGGUGCACAAUCUCAGCAUCAGCAGCAGCUAAGCAAUGCUUUGGUUGGUCCGCCCAUGGGAGGAUCCGCUGGGGCUUUUCAUGGCGGAACAACCAGCGCUGGGUCCUCGUCGGUCAUCCAGCAGCAGAGCGGCAAGUCAUCGCCGGCUCUGGGCACGCUAGUCAGUGGCAACAGUGGUGGUAGCAUAAUCUCCGCCAGUGGCUUUCCACUACCGAGUGGUAAUCUCACUGCCACGACCACUGAGAGCGGCAACUUGAAGAUCAGCUAUGAGAAACAGACGACACGAGUGCAACAAUUGCAGGAGCAGGAGGCGCCACCGGCCAGACGCAGCAGAUCGCGCUCCGGUGAGAGUGGCAGUAGUCACCACCAUGCCCAUGCCCAUCACCACCACCAUCACCCCACCCAUCACAAUAGCCAUCACCAACAAAAUCCACAGCAGCAGCAACAGUUACACCAACAGCAGCAGCAAAACGCGUCAUCGCAUAUGCACGCCUGCACCAACUCAUCCUCAUCCACCUCCACUUCCACCACCUCUUCCUCGUUGUCCGGCGGAACUGCCCCAGCCACGUCGUCCUCCAAUUCCAAGGGUCCCUCGAGAUCGGGCAAAAAGCGUGGCGCUGCAAUGAAUAAGAGCGAGAGUACGUCGGUGGCAACAACGGCAACACCAGCAACUGUUGCUGCCACACCAGCCGAGAAACAGAGUCGCCACAGUUCGCCUCACUACAGUGCAACGCCAACCCCGCCACCAACAUCUACGCUACCACCAGUUGUAUCCUCGCCGGUGGUGAUGCUGCAAUCUCUGUCCUCGUCCUCAAUAGAUUCCCCGCCAGCGACAGCAGCGGCUGGGGCGACUUCAAAUAGCCGCAACACGCGCAAUAACAGUAGCAAUGGCAAUCACAAUGGCGAGCAGACAUCCUCGUCCAGCUCGUCCUCUUCGUCCUCGUCUUCGGGUGGGGGCGGCACCAGUGGUGCGGCUAAUGUGGUUAAUCUGCUAGACUCUCCGGUUAAUAUGUCAGCUUCAGGAAACUAUCGCAGCAGCAGCAACUCCACCGGAAAUGCCUUGCCGGCGGCGAGCAGCAACGCCAGUCAAGCCAAGCCUCUGAAUAAGAAAAUGUUGCGUGCGCAGCAGACGCAGCUGUAUCAGCAACAACAGCAGCAGCAGCAAUAUGCACCCCCCGCUAGAUCCAUUUCCCCUACAAAUCUUAGCUCAGCCUCAGCUUCCAACUCAGCUAGCCUUACGCACUUGCAACAACAGCAACAGUCACAUCAGCAACAUGAAGAUCUAGAGAUUUUGCAAUUCACUAAUACUAAUACCACUGCCUCUUCCAAUACGCCCACGUCGAAACCCAACAACAGAACGCUUGAUCUGAGCACGGCAAGCGCUUCAUCGUCAUCGCCAUCUGCAGUGCCCGCGACAACAUCUCCCUUGGUCGUACUGAGUAACCAAUUGCCACUUAACUCGGUGGCAGCAAGUAGUUCCACCGGUGGUCUGAAGUUUACCUACGAGAGUCAGACCCAGAUGGACGUGCCCAUGAUGCCUGUGAGCGCCAUAAAGGAUUCCCCGCCCAGUUCGCCCGGCUCAGAGAUAGGAUCGGCCAUGCACUCCGCAACUACUGCACCCGGUUCCCUGACUGGAGCUUCGACAGCGGCGACUGCUCAACCUGGAAAUGUACGGAAGCGUGGACGCAAGGCCAAAGAUGCGACGAUAGCUGCUGCAGCGGCGGCAGCGGCAGCAGCAGCUGCUCUCAGCAAUUCUCAACAGGAUCUCAAGGAUGUGCGCAUACUCCAGAAUGGGGCGAGCAAUACACCGGGCAAUCCAGCUGGCAGCACACCAACGCCUCCUGCUACUCCCGCUUCGUCUAAUGCUGUCAGCUCAGCCAGUUCGAUCAUUACACACACGGCCGCGCAUAUGCUGGGCAACCAGAUCAACCCAAACAGCAGCGUGGCCCAGAAGCUGUCCGAGCAGCUGCACAUGGAGGUCCAGGAUCACUCGAUCUACACUCCCGAUUCAAUGAACUCGCAAUACGCCGGAGUUCCGUUCCCCGGCAAGCAGCGUAACUCCACUGCCGUUCCUAGCAACGCCACGCCAGCUCAAAAUCCGCUGCAAUCGAUGUUCAGCGGUGGCGGCAUGAACGGCAACAUGCCCAUUCCGCAAAGUCUGGAGCAGCUGCUGGAGCGCCAGUGGGAGCAGGGCUCGCAGUUUCUCAUGGAGCAAGCGCAGCACUUUGACAUUGCCUCGCUGCUUAAUUGCUUGCACCAGCUGCAGAGCGAAAACCUCCGGCUGGAGGAGCAUGUGACCAGCCUGAUAGCGCGACGUGAUCACCUGCUGGCGGUCAAUGCGCGCCUGCAGAUCCCGCUGAGUACCAUCGCAAGCAACACCAAGGCCGAGGCGCAUGGUAAGUAAGAGAGGGCGCCUGUUCUCUCUUGUACUUGGUGUCGGCACUUGCUGGCUCCAACCAUGUGGCACUGGAGGAGCCCACAUCCCACUUACACAGCCACUGCUCACAGACCAAAUUUUGCGUUUAGUUAUCUGUACAUCCAUAUUUUGUUUGGUAUUCGUUGUACAUACAAAUUGAAUUCGAGUCCACUUCGAGUUGUAGUCUUAAGUAACUUAUAUUAAGUUAACAACUAAUCUGGUUACCAAUGGUCAUCCGUAUAAACAAAUAAUGUACAUAUAUACAUACACAGCUGUAAAUCAAAUUACAGAUUGUUGCACAAAAGCAGUGAUUGAGAAAUUAUCCAUUGCAUUUAUCGACUACAUUGACAACUCGUCAUCUUUUUAAAACGGAAUGCUUCUUUACCCUUAUCAUCGAACCAUACCACGACUAGAUAACUUUACCCUUAUUUAUACUUUUAAGUUAGUUAUAUGUAUUUACGGAAAAUACGGAUCUAAUUAUACUUACUAUUGUAACGAGAUAUGAUUUCUUUGGUCAAGUUAAUAGUUAAGUUCUUUGGAUAUUUAAAAGCAAAUACUUUUCGAUUUUAUUUAUUUACAAAAUGAAUAAAAUGUUUAAUAUAUUAAACACAAAACC